ACAAAGAGAGCAAUGGUUCUUGGUGAAGGGAAUCGGGGGAUAGACUAAUUAGGGUUACGUUCGAAUGCGAGUGGGUAAACCUAAAAUCAUCACUUUGAGAAUCCAUUUUCCUUCUUCAUCAUCAAGCGACAAGGUGGUUUCACAAAUUGGAUUUUUAAACUGAAAAGAGACUCUUAUGUUGUAGCUUGGAGUAUUUGCUUGCUAUCUUGAGUUUUAGAACAAGGAAGGAAUGGGUUUAUAAUGGGAGGAGUUCUAUCAAUGGAAACCGUUCAAUUGACGAUCCUUAUAAUUAACAUCUUCAUUGGGGCUGCCAUUCUGUGCAAGGUUACUUCAUUUGCUAUGGUUCUCAUACUUCUACACUGUGCUUAUUCUGGUUUAGAGGGCAUAGCAGUCGGAGUUGCAGCAGGUAACGAAACAGAUGCAUGGACAAGUUUGUGGAACAUGUCACUACUGCGCAAGAUAAUUAUAGCCUUCUCCAUGGGAACUGCACUCUUCAAGUUGUUGCCACACAAGCCAUACCUUGCAUCCGUUGCUUACUUAUCUGCAGUCUUUGUUGCAACUCCAAUUGGAGUAGCGAUAGGUAUUCAUAUUGAUACUGCUACACAAGCAAAAGUAGAUGAAUGGAUCUUUGUCAUGACUACAGGUUCUAUAGACGGAAUUUUCGUCUAUGACACCGCUCUCACUGUUCUUUCUGGAGACAGCAAACCACAAAAACCUUCUUUCUUAGGGGGAUUUGCUUCGGUGCUUCUAGGCGUGGGACUGAUGGCUGUGAUCUCGUCCUUGGAAUCAUAUUAUAACCAGUCCAUGUCACGAAACUUACAAUCGUAAAACUCUCUCCUUGUUGGUAUUUGCUUCGGGGCUUCUAGGUGUGCGAGUGAUGGCAAUGGCCGUUAUAUGGGAUGUUUCUUAAACUUUAAUGUCAUGCUUAAGACUCUGUCUGUGUAUAUCCAAAAUUUCCAGUAGUUGUGCAGUAAAAACAUGAUGUUCGU